GUUCAUGAUCUGGCUGUGGCAGGGUCGGUUGAAGCGGAUGGGGUCAGAGGCGGGCUGCACGUUGACAGCUGGAGCAUAAGGAAACAUCGCAGUCAAGCUGGCAGACGUGUUUAUAUGCAGCACAAGUCAUGUUCGCGAAAGGUAAAGGGACCGCAGUGCCUUCGGAUGGGCAAGCUCGGGAAAAGUUGGCAUUAUACGUCUAUGAAUAUUUGUUACACGUGGGAGCUCAGAAAUCCGCACAGACGUUUUUAUCUGAGAUAAGAUGGGAGAAGAACAUAACCCUUGGUGAACCACCAGGCUUUCUGCACUCUUGGUGGUGUGUGUUUUGGGACCUGUACUGUGCAGCACCUGAGAGAAGGGAUACAUGUGAUCACUCCAGUGAAGCUAAGGCCUUUCAUGACUAUAGUGCUGCUGCAGCCCCGAGUCCAGUCCUAGGCAGCAUACCUUCCGGUGACAGCAUGCCGGGUGGACCUAUGCCCCCUGGAUUCUUUCAAGGACCACCUGGUUCCCAUCCCUCCCCUCACACUCAGCUACCUCCCAACUCUAACAUGAUGGGGGCGCAUGGACAGCCUUUUAUGUCUCCUCGCUAUGCUGGAGGACCUCGGCCACCCAUGAGAAUGGGUAACCCGCCGCCAGGUGGGCAGCAUUUACCUCCAAAUAUGAUAGACCCUACACGACAAACAAGCCAUCCAAACCUGGCACCUAUGCAGAGAAUGAAUGCUCCUCGAGGAAUGGGCCCGAUGGGACCGGGACCACAGUCUGAUCCUUGGUUAUCAUUACAGAACUAUGGAGGAGGAAUGAGGCCUCCAAACUCCAUGGGCCCUGGAAUCCCGGGGGUGAACAUUGGAGAAUCAUUAAAUAAUAAGUAUUGGAAAUUUCUUCAUAGAACAAACACUAUCAUUCAAAAAUUUGGGAACUCGCCUAAUAAUCUAAGCAGCAUGAGUAACCCACCAGGAACGCCACGAGACGACAGUGAACUGGCUGGAUCCUUUCUUCACUCUUUCCAAAAUGAAAAUUACUCACCAACAAUGACAAUGAGUGUGUGAGGAAUAAGCUCCGGCACCGAGACACCACAUGUCUUAAAGAACAAGGACCAACUUCACCAAGAACCAGAGUGAGUCUAACCUCACACAUCCAUAGGAACCAAAUCCUACAGCAGCUCUGAAUGAGACGGAUGCUCCCCAUUUCAGAACUGAUAGAUGAACUUACAGGAAGGACCUGACUGAGAUAGGAGCUCCCUCAUUUUAAACCACUUUAAUAUUUUUGUAUAAUUUUAAUGUAGAAGGCCAUACACACCAGAUGAAUGAAUUUGCUUAUUUUUAAGUGGAUUUCAAACUUUUGGGAUCUUGACAACACUGUGGAUGUAGUGCAUAUUACUAUGUACUUCUUCAGCGAGGAUGUGCAGCAUGUCUAACAUUCCAUUAGAGUAUUUUAGGAUCUAAUCUCUUCUAUUUUAAAAAGCCUCAAAACAAGUUUGUCACACUGUAAUGGCUUUCUUAAAAAAAAAAAAAAAACCUUAAUCCAGAGGAACGCCUGUGGCUACAGUGAAUUUGAUAUGCACCAAUGGGAAUGACAUACUUGAGACGAUGGACUGUUAGCAAAAUCAAAAUUACUUCUGUUUAUGUCAUGUUGUUUUUUAAAAAUGUAUUUUACUGCUGAAGCCUUUUAAUUUUGACGUUUUUCAGUUUUCCAUGGGAACCUCAGAUGACAACGUAUGACUUUAAGAGUUUAUUUUUGGGCAGGAGUUUGGUCAAACACAACAACACUACGUCAUGCAACACUGCAUCUUUUCUCACUGGCUUAGUUUUCAUUUUCCCUUGUGCUGUUAAAAACCUGCCACAAAUACCCAAAAGACAGUUAUUUAACUGAACUUAGCCAAAAAAGACACGCCCUCUCACAAUCAACUGCUUUUAUUUCCUGCUAAUUCCUUAAGACGUGUAAAUAUUUGUAUUGACAUUCAAAAACCGAGACUUAAACUGUUUCACAGACACGUAGUGAACAGAAAUGGAAUUCCGAGUCCCUGAACAAAGCGGGUGUCAAUAUCAAAAGUAAAACAUUUUGUGUGGCCACCAGCUUCUUUAAUUACUACAGAGCAUCUUAUCCACACGGGCCGCACCAGAUUUGCUUGUUCUUGCGGUUAGAUGUUACCCCACUAUUCCACCAAGGUAUUUACAAGUUCUCGAGCAUGUCUGGGGGACAUGUGAUUACACAUGGUUUGCCACUGUGAAGACGAUCAGCUGUCCUUCUUAUCUUACAGCUCACUGAACAAGCAUGAAAAACAUUGUCUAGACACUUUCCAAAAAAUUCGGAUUUUAUAGAACUACCUAUAAAAUAUAGCAUGCUGAAAAAGAGGUGAUUCUUUUUUGCGGGGUUUUAAAAUUUUUUAAAGUUCCUCCUCCCUAGUCUGUCAUAAUAUUGUACAGCCUUACUUGACCUGUUACAUCAUGUUGUUUAGCCUUUACUAUAUGUAUUAUGUUCCUUGGAAUACGCAGUGAAAUGACUUGUGUAAUUUUUAUGAUUAAAUUAUUUUUCUGUUCAUACAACUA